AUGGAGUGCUCUGCUCAGUCACGCCACUUUAGCAUUGUCUUCGUCCUUGGACCUCCUGGCAGUGGUAAAGGCACCCUCUGCAAGCUCGCCAUUGAGUCGCUCAAAAAGUCGAGCGAUCGAUACUGUCAUCUCUCGGUGGGUGAUCGUCUGCGCGAGCUUUGUAAUAUCGAGCUGCCUUGCGAAUGCGAGAAGUUUGAUUUGGAUAUGAUCCUUGAUCAUUUACGGGAAAGUAAACUGCUACCGGCUGACGUGCUCAUCCCUGUGCUCGAGGACGAGAUUUACUCGAUCUUGACUGGCAAUGACGGCACUAUUACUUGGUUGAUUGACGGGUUCCCGCGUAAUAUGGAGACGGCUCUGGCAUUCGAGGAGAAGAUCGGCAAGCCGGCGAAAGUUAUCGUUCUCGAGUGCACGCGCGAGAACGCACAACAGCGGUUCCUACACCGUUCUAGAGAGAAGAACGACAAUGGGGACAAGUUUGAGAAGCGAUAUAGCGAAUAUGUCGAGAACAUGGAGGCGAUCCGUAAGCACUACGGAAGCAAUAUCAAGACAAUUUGCGUGGAUGGGCCUGCUGACGAACACCUUGUCGAAUUUAUAACUGCACUGCCAUCGACCACUACAACAUCAAAAGAUAGGAAGGAUGAAGAAAAAGCAUGA